AUGCGAUUCACCUCCUUGCAUCAUCAAACCCCACCAUCCUGCACCCCUCUCCUCUCCUUCCCCUUCCCCCUUCCCCCUUCCGCCUUACCCCUUCCCCCUUCCCCCUUCCGCCUUACCCCUUUCCCCUUCCACCUUCCGCCUUACCCCUUCCCCCUUCCCCCUUCCGCCUUACCCCUUCCCCCUUCCUCCUUCCGCCUUACCCCUCCCCCCUUCCGCAUUACCCCUUCCCCCUUACCCCUUCCCCCUUCCUCCUUCCGCCUUACCCCUCCCCCUUUCCGCCUUACCCCUUCCCCCUUCCCCCUUCCGCCUUACCCCUUCCCCCUUCCCCCUUCCGCCUUACCCCUUCCCCCUUCCCUCCCUCACCUGCAGGAGUCAGGCACGCAGCUGGCCAUGGGCCUCACAUGCGACUCGCCUCCCUGCAAUGUGAGAGAGGGGAGAGUGGCAGGGACUGGGGUGUACUCACACCUCAUGCUACCGUACCUCUUCCCGGACCUUGCUGCCUUUCCCACAGUCGCUGACCUCAUUACGCACCUCCGCACUAGUGACACUCGCUACCGCGCUGCGCUUCCUGCUGAGGGUGUUCCCCUUCCCCCCUUUUGCCCUCUGUCGCCUCUGCUGCUGCGGCCGACCUCGUUGGUCUUGAGUCGAUCGGUGUGGCGUCUGCCCCUAGCGGGAGACGCCACUCUAGCAAGGGCAAGGAUGGCAAGGGCGCGGGUGGAGCUAGCGGGGGUGGUGGAGGUGGCGGUGGAGGCGGAGGAGGGAGUGGGGGUGGCGGUGGGAGUGGUGGCGGGGGUGGAGGUGUCGGUGGCAGCAGUGGAGGCGCAGGUGGCGGAGGUGGUAGCGGUGGGAGCGGAGGCGGCUGUGGUGGCGGAGGUGGGGGAGGCGGUGGUGGAGGAGGUGGAGCUGGUCAGGGUGGUGCUUCGCAACGGAGCGGCUCCGGUGGUGGUCAGCGCCAGCAGCAAUAGCAGCAGCGUUCUCGGGACAUCCCCCCCCCUCCGCAGCUCCGUGAGUGGUACGCUGCACGUCAGCGUGGUGGGGGUUUUGGUCCGUGCACCUACGUCCUUCGCACCGGCGACCGCGCGGGGUGACUGUUACCGGUGGUUCCCGCCCGACUCGGGCAUUGAGACUGCUGCUCUAGGUGCUGGUGAGGCUGCUGCUCCAGGUGCCACUGCGGCUGUUGCUCCAGGUGCCAGUGCGUCUGCGUCCUCAGGUGCUGGUGAGUUUGCGCUCUCAGGUACCGCAUCGGCUUUGGCCUCCCUCACCUUCACACUUGACUCAGGGGCUUCUCGCUCCUUCUUUCAAGACCGCACCACACUCACGCCGCUUGGUCGGCCGGUUGGAGUCUCCCUGGCAGACCCCUAUGGGGGUCCUGUCCUUGUGCUGUUCCUCAAGUACCACCCCGUGAGUGCUGCUCCUCAAGUGCCACCCCGUGAGUGCUACUCCUCAAGUAGCACCCCGUUAUUGCUGCUCCUCAAGUGCCACCCCGUGAGUGCUACUCCUCAAGUACCACCCCGUGAGUGCUGCUCCUCAAGUACCACCCCGUGA